AAAAGAAUAAAGUAGAUAGAUGUGUGAGAGAGAAAGAGAAGUGGGCUUUGAGCUGUGAUUUAGCUGUCUUCACAGCUAAUUGCAUUUUCCUCCCCAUUUCUCUGUUCACACUCCCAAUAGCGCUAUAGCAUUCAUUCUUUCAAAUAAAAGCAUCUCUCCAUUUUCUCUCUCCCUCCAGCUCCCUAUUCCCUCAGAUCUGUUUGCUGCAUUUGCUAUCUCCCUCAUUCUUUCGCCGGACUUUUCCGAAUCCACCUCCUCCGGCUUGCUCUCUCAGAUGUCUGGAGUGAUAUGAAGAAGUGCGGAGUUUCAUCGUUCUUCUGCUUUUGCUUCUUCCUAGCAUCUGCUACCUUCGCAUUCUCCUCCGCCGCCGGCUUCAGCGUUUCCGCUAAUGGCCGGUUGUCGGACUCCGAGGUUCAGUACAUCCGGCGGCGGCAGCUUCUGUACUACCUGGACGAGUUCCAGGACCGGGGCGAGAAGGUCACCGUUGACCCAUCUUUGGUCUUCGAGAACGACAGGAUCCGGAGCGCGUAUAUCGCACUCCAAGCCUGGAAGCAGGCGAUGCUCUCAGAUCCGUUCAACAUGACCGAAAAUUGGGUCGGUGCCGGUGUUUGCGGCUACACCGGAGUUUACUGCGCGAAUCCUCCUGAUAACUCGACUAUCCGUACCGUCGCCACCAUUGACCUCAACCACGGCGACAUUGCCGGCUAUCUACCGGAGGAGCUAGGCUUGCUCACAGAUCUAGCGGUGUUCCACAUCAACUCGAACCGGUUUUGUGGUACGAUCCCGAAGAAGUUCAAGAACUUGAAGCUACUCUUCGAGCUGGAUCUGAGCAACAAUCGCUUUGCCGGUAAGUUCCCUUACGUCGUCCUCAGCUUGCCGCGAUUGAUCUACUUGGACAUCCGAUUCAAUGAAUUUGAAGGUACUGUUCCCUCGGAGCUUUUUGACAAGCCCUUGGAUGCUAUUUUCAUUAACGACAAUCGCUUCUCCUUUGAACUGCCGGACAAUUUUGGGAAUUCGCCGGUGUCGGUGAUUGUGGUGGCUAAUAAUAAAUUCCAUGGCUGUCUGCCGGCAAGCAUCGGGAACAUGAGUGAUCUGAAUGAGAUCAUCUUGAUGAACAAUGGGCUGCGCUCUUGUUUUCCGCCGCAGAUAGGAAGGUUGAAGAAAGUAACCGUGUUUGAUGUCAGCUUCAACCAGCUGCUGGCCUCUCUGCCUCAACAGAUCGGCGGUAUGGCCAGUCUGGAGCAGUUCAAUGUCGGUCAUAACAUGCUUUCCGGCCAGAUACCUCAGAGCAUAUGUAAGCUUCCCAGGCUUGAGAACUUUACCUUCUCUUACAAUUUCUUUACGGGUGAGCCUCCGGCUUGUUUGUCUGUGCCGGCCUUUGAUGAUCGCCGGAAUUGUUUGCCCAGACGCCCCUUCCAGCGUUCCCCUGCUCAGUGCAACUCCUUGUCUAAGAAAAUUCACUGCGGUGCUUUCAAGUGUCACAAAAACCAUACGAACAACCUCCUCCUCCUCCACCCACAAAUAUCUUUGAGAGCCCACCACCUCCAACCCCAGUAUUCGAAGGGCCUUUGCCUCCCGUUGCUGGGGUUUCAUAUGCUUCACCUCCACCUCCUCCCUUCUAUUGAUUCAUUACAGAGUUUUCCUCUAACCAGUCCUCGAGAAACAAAAUCUGUACCUACAGUUAAACUAGAUGUCAUUGCUUUAAGUAUUUUUAAUGUUUCAUGUCGUGAAUAUACUUCUGCCCAUUCAUUUCCCUCAUAUGCUGAUCCUCUUAUAUGGAUAAACCACGGUUCUGAAACAAAGAUCAAAGUAGAGAUUGACCAUGUGUGCGGGUAAUGUGUUAUAUGUAUUUCGAUAUUGCUGUAUCUGGUUGGAAUGCUCGCACAAGAAGGUAUCAAUGAAAAAUAGGGGAGGUAAUAGGAUGGUGCUCAUCUGAAAGAUAUUAUUGCCGCGGAGAAAUAAAUUUGCUGAGAAUAUAAUAGGUAUUCUGGGAAGUGUCUGUAUAGAUGCCAUCAUAAUGUGGGCCGGAAACCCAGUCCUGCGGGUACUCGCUGCUGCUGCUUGUUCUGG